GUAAUGGCUGUGACGUACGCGAGGACAGCGGGGCAUAGUGGGGGCUCGGCCAGCCGCGCCUUCCACAGCUCCAAGAUGCAGCGGCCUCAACACGUCCUCGAACCACUUCUCACCUCUACUCAACACUCUCCUCUGCUCAAUUGACUUUGCAUUCCCUUUCGAUACCCAUACUCCGAUUGUAAGCCAGUGAACUCUCCAAACAUUGCCUGUAUUGAUCCGUCAGUUCACACCAUGCCCGGCUUUUCGCAAGCGUCCGACCUCAACGCGUGGUCGGCCCUCCAGGACCACCACCAGAAGCUCGGCAAGGACAUUGUCCUGAAGGAGUACUUCAAGAACGACCCCCAGCGCUUUGAGAAGUUCAGCCACACCUUCAAGAACGAUGCCGAGGGUUCCGAGAUCCUCUUCGACUUUUCGAAGAACUUCAUCACCGAGGAGACGGUAAAGCUCCUCGUCGAGCUCGCCAAGGAGGCCGGUCUCGAGCAGCUCCGCGAUGACAUGUUCGCCGGUAAGAAGAUCAACUUCACAGAGGACCGCGCCGUGUACCACGUAGCGCUCCGCAACACCUCCAACCAGAAGAUGGAGGUCGCCGGCACCAGCGUUGUCGAGGGCGUCAACGAGGUCCUCGAGCACAUCAAGGAGUUCUCCGAGCAGGUCCGCAGCGGCGAGUGGAAGGGAUACACCGGCAAGAAGAUUGACACCAUCAUCAACAUUGGUAUUGGUGGUUCUGACCUCGGCCCCGUCAUGGUCACCGAGGCUCUCAAGCCCUACGCCGACCGCAGCCUCACGACCCACUUCGUCUCCAACAUUGACGGCACCCACAUCGCCGAGGCCCUGAGGGAGGCCAACCGGGAGACCACCCUCUUCCUGAUUGCCUCCAAGACCUUCACCACAGCCGAGACCACCACAAACGCCAACACGGCCAAGUCGUGGUUCUUGGAGCAGGCCAAGCAGGAGGACAUUGCGAAGCACUUUGUCGCUCUCUCCACCAACGAGGAGGAGGUCACUAAGUUCGGCAUCGACAAGAAGAACAUGUUCGGUUUCUCCGACUGGGUCGGUGGCCGCUACAGCGUCUGGUCUGCCAUUGGCACGAGCGUUGCGCUGUACAUUGGCUACGACAACUUCCACAAGUUCCUCGAGGGCGCCCACGCCAUGGACAAGCACUUCCAGGAGACCCCUCUCGAGAAGAACAUCCCCGUGCUCGGCGGUCUGCUGAGUGUGUGGUACUCUGACUUCUUCGGUGCUCAGACCCACCUGGUCUCUCCCUUCGACCAGUACCUCCACAGGUUCCCUGCCUACCUCCAGCAGCUGUCUAUGGAGUCGAACGGCAAGGCCAUCACCCGCAGCGGCGACUACGUCAAGUACACCACCGGCCCCAUCCUGUUCGGCGAGCCCGCGACCAACGCCCAGCACUCGUUCUACCAGCUGCUCCACCAGGGCACCAAGCUCAUUCCCACCGACUUCAUCCUGGCGGCCCAGAGCCACAACCCCGUGCAGAACAACAAGCACCAGAAGAUGCUGGCUUCCAACUUCUUCGCCCAGGCUGAGGCGCUGAUGGUCGGUAAGACCCCUGACCAGGUCAAGGCCGAGGGUGCUCCCGACAACCUCGUCUCCCACAAGACCUUCCUCGGCAACCGACCCACCACAUCCAUCCUGGCCGACAAGAUCACGCCUGCCGCUCUUGGUGCGCUGAUUGUCUACUACGAGCACCUCACCUUCACCGAGGGCGCCAUCUGGAACAUCAACAGCUUCGACCAGUGGGGUGUCGAGCUGGGCAAGUCGCUGGCCAAGAAGAUCCAGGCUGAGCUCGACGACGACAAGGAGUCGGACUCUCACGACGCCAGCACGAGCGGCCUCAUCAACGCCUUCAAGAAGAAGUCCCAGUUGUAGGUGAUGGUUAUGAGUACACGAUAGCAAAAGCGUAGCGUCAGUAGUCUAAUUGAAUCGAUGAGUCUUGAAA